AAGCCAAAAAUUCCUGACAUGCGUUCCGCAAAGCAAACAAGCCGAACGAUUGGUUGAGGAGUGUCCUCAGACUACCACUGGUCCAAGUGUUUGGCUUCGCUGUUCCUUCCCGAGAGCCUUGCCUCCCCCUCCUCCUCCUCCUCCUACCUCGCUCCCCCUCCCCCAACUACAUACCUCUACCUCACACUCCCCCCCUCCAACAAUCCCUUUCCCUUUCCCUCUCCCUCUCUCUCUCCCUUUCCCUCCCCCCCUCCCCUACCCCUCCUCCCUUCUCUCACUUAAACCCUUUUCACCUCUUAAACCUCCACUCGCUUCCCCGUAUCGCUGUGUUCUUGUCACUCGCUGGAAUCAGCUUCCUCCUCUCCCCCUAAUAUUUGCUAGCUUCACAUUUUUAUUUUUAUUUUUCUCAAAAAGAAAAAAGAAAAAGCCCCCCAGUCAAUCUAUCCCGUCAUUCGCCAUGUCGGUAGCAAAUUACCCGUUCCGUGAUAUCAACAUCAUAGCGUCUGCUUCCCAUUACACGUUUCGCUCUCCAUCUUCUCCCAAUGCGCCAGCCCUUGUUGUCGCUAGGCCUUCGGGUGCUAUGCAAAUGACCCACUCCCCGAAUACCAUGGGUGGGAAGAGGGUCACUAGUAUUGCUGGAAUCCUGGGAAUUGUCCAUUUACGUCUUGGUAGGAUAUUUUUCACUAGUUUCUUUCUGUAGAUGGACCUUCAUUUUCACAAGACUCCGCGGUUGAGUUGAGCUCAUUAGAAUUUUGAUGUGCUGUUAGAUAAAUACAUCGUUACCAUUACCAAAGCUGUUCCAGUGGGGCGCAUACGUGGCCAGGCCGUCUACAAGAUCGAAUCGACCGAGUUCCUACCAUUGCAGGAGAGAGUUUUACACGUAUGACCUACCCUCCCCGUGCCCAAUUACUGAUAACUCUCCAGCUUUCAGGCCUACCGUUGCAAACUUGGUUGGGGUUCCCGGCUGACCGACCCGACAACUCGACAAUUAGGACCCCGAUGAGGAUACUUAUCUCGAGUUGCUUACAACUCAUCUCCGCACCGGUCCGAUAUACUUUUCUUACUCCUUCGACUUGACCAAUAGCCUUCAGCGACAGUCGAACGCAGAUCCCUCACUCCCACUUUGGCAAAGGGUAUGUCCUUGCGGAUCGUCCGCAAUUCAUCCAUGACAUACCCGUAUUGAGACUGACCGGGCAAUGCCUAGGCCGACGACCGAUUCUUCUGGAACAAACAUCUGCAAUCUGAUCUUAUCAGUCUGCGUAACUCUUACCAAGCCGUAGAUCCCUAUAUUCUUCCCGUCUUCUUCGGAUACCUUAACAUCACAACCACAGCCAUCAAGUCCACGUCCCUGACCUUCGUUCUUAUCACGAGAAGGUCUCGCCAUAGGGCAGGGACUCGGUACUUUACCCGUGGAGUGGACGAGUCGGGCAAUGUAGCAAAUUUCAACGAGACGGAGCAGGCCAUCGUCAUCGGCGACUCUACUGGUGGGUUGGCCGGUUACGAUUCAAGCUCCGUCUCAUCUGGGAGUGAGCAACAGGUGCAGGUUUUCAGUUAUGUUCAGACACGAGGCAGCGUCCCUGUAUACUGGUCGGAGGUUAUCAAUCUUCGCCGGGUUCCGGAGUUGAAAGUGAGGUCUGUUGACCUAGCCUUGAACGCCGCAAAAAGACACUUUGAUGAGCAGAUCAAAUUGUACGGCGAUAAUUAUCUGAUCAACCUUGUCAACCAGUCCGGAAGGGAGGAAUUGGUGAAGGCGGCGUACGAGAAUGCUGUCAAGGAGCUAGUAUCCUCACCCACAGAGUCAAAGGAGGGCUCUGAGCUGACACCGGAGCGCUUUCAUACCAUCGAACCCACCAGGGCAAAUAAGUUGAUGGAUCGUUUACACUAUAUCUACUUUGACUUUCACCACGAAUGCCGAGGGAUGAAAUGGCACAAGGCUCAGGCGCUCUUGGAUAACCUAGGUGACGGAUUAUACGACCAAGGCUAUUACCACUCGGUUGAGGGAAACGCAAUAACAUCGAACUCUAUAAUAAUGAAGCGCCAAAGUAGCGUUAUGCGGACCAACUGCAUGGAUUGUCUCGAUAGGACCAACGUGGUCCAAAGCAUGCUUGCCAGGUGGACGCUCAAUCGCCAGUUAAUGGAUGUCGGUAUUCUAGAUAAGGGAGAGAACACGGCCGAUUUUGAGAAUUUCGAGGUAAUGUUUAGGAAUGGUAAGCACAACCGGCCGUUUCACCCUAAUCACAAGAAGCAAGCUAACACCCUUCAGCAUGGGCGGACAACGCCGAUGUAGUAAGCCGUGCCUAUUCAGGCACCGGAGCUCUCAAGACUGACCUUACCCGAACGGGAAACCGUACUAAUGCUGGGGCUCUCGCCGAUGGCGUGAAUUCCCUCACCCGAUACAUCUACAACAACUUUGCAGAUGGUCCUCGACAAGACGCCUAUGACCUUUUCCUUGGCAACUACACGCCUUCGACUUCCCCGUCUUCUCUCCUCUUUGUCGACCGUCGCCCGAUCAUAAUACAAAGUGUGCCCUAUAUUCUUAUGGGGGCACUCUUUCUUAACUUUGCCACUCUAUUCUUUCCUGACCUCAAUGCUUCCCCUCGCCCAGCUCCUGCAACCUCUGGAGAUGGAAAUGUGGAUAUCACUAGCAAGUCCGGUGCCCGUUUCAGCACUAAACUUCUUCUAUUCUCGUGGACCGUGAUUGCUGGCCUGGCUGCACUAUUCAUGUUUAAAUAUGCCUUACUAUACGUCAACUGGCCUAAGCUCUCGCCUCCGGGAUUUGCCAUCGAGGGCUACAACGAUGCGUUAAAUCGGGCGAAGAAGGACCCGUUGUUUGGUAAAUGGAUUGGCAAACAAAGCGGGCACGAGAGGGGCACAAGUAGCAUUAGACUUGUGCACUUGGAGGAAGGGAAAAAGAGGAUUGAAUAGUGUCGUUGCCACGUUGUCAAGUUAAGGGGAUACCCGGGGAUAUUAGCCAGAUGCUUUCUUUUUCUUCUCCCUUUUCUUCCCCUUUCUUUCUCAUACUUCAUUUCAUUUCAAGGCUGCAUAUUAGUACUAUCUUGUACCCGAAGGUUCACAGGGUGGGCUGCGAGGGGUUUGAAAUCUCAAUGAUGUUUCCUUUCUUUGAUGGUUCUGGAAGCCUUUCCUUUCGCGGGGUGACGGGCCAGGAAUAAAACAUGUUUCUUGAGGUUGAACUGUAUGUGCAAGGUUACCUUUCCCAGGCUAUAAUCUAUAGCCUAUCGUGAGACCUAAGGUCCCAGGGAACUAUCACAUACUCACUGCGAGUGAUAUGAUGUGAUGACGGCGUAGGGUUGGAAUCGCUACACGCGAUGCACUGGGCUACAAAAGCCUGAGCCAGGGCUCAUAACCGGCGCCGCAGUUACAAGGUCUUAUGUCACGAUUUUUACAUCAUCAUAAAAAUAAUGUAAUUAUGAUACCUCAUACCAUAAUUCACACCGCGUCACAAC